AGUAGAACUAGGCCCCCUCUCAAAAGCAGCAGCUAAGGUGCAUUGGUGCAGACAAAAAGUUGGCUUUGUUGUGUUGGCCCGGCAGUUGAUGGUGGAAGAUGCUUCUACUCUGAAGAUGCCGAAUGCUGUCUGAGCAUAUCUCGCUGUCACUUUCUUUGCAAAGUCAUAUUAUAAGUCCGCGCCAAUCAAACGUGACACUCGGGAAAAUGAACUACAGCCGGAUAUCGACCUUAUUUUACCUGCUGAUGAUGUUUUCAGAUCUGCUGGCCUGGGUAAACAGCGAUUCCAUAUUUAUGAUCACCAUGGGAGGCACCAAGAGCCACACAGUGCCAUUUGCAGCCCUCAGCAGGGCGCUGGUUGCCAGGGGUCACAACGUCACAAUGCUCAGCGCCUUUCCUGGAGUAGCUGAAGAUGCAGGAGCAGAAGAGCUUUGCCCAGAUGGUCUGGUUGAAUACGUAAAUGACUUCACAAAGGACUGGGAUCUCUUAGGCAGCAGAAUGAAAGGCGAUCCACCGAUUUCACCGUGGAAAGCCCUUCAAUACGGCUACCAAGUGUGCGAGGCCACGCUCUCCGAUCCGCUGACUAUGCACUUUCUUCAUUCUGGACGGAAUUUUGAUCUGCUCCUUCUAGACGGCGCCUAUAGUGCGUGCGCCCUUGGCUUUGUGCAUCACUUCUCUGCUCCCUACAUGCUGAUAAACACCGUUGGCCUUUAUCUUGCACCACUCGCCGCCCUGGGAAAUCCAGAGCCCUUUGCAAUAACGCCUUUUUUCAACAGUGGUUACACAGAGAAAAUGAACGUGAUGCAACGCAUGGCUAAUGGUGCUGCCCAUAUCUUCUCCAGGACCAUGCACUGGCUGCUUCUCACAUUAACCAUACAGCCAAUUUUAAACAGAGCGUUUGGUCCAUCAGGAGUUCCGUCCGUGUUGGCGAUGCAAAGAAACGCCAGUUUCGUCUUGCAGAACGGGCACUCGUCGCUAACUUACUCAAGGGCCUAUUUGCCACACGUAGCCGAGGUCGCUUGUCUCCACUGCAGACCUCCACGACCGCUGACUAAGGACCUAGAGCGAUUUGUGUCCGGUUCUGGUCCCGAGGGCACCGUCGUGGUCAGUAUGGGAUCCAGCGUGAAGGCAGCUGCCAUGCCGGCCGCACUGCGUCGCGUGUUUGUGGCUGCGUUCGCCAAACUGCGACAAAGAGUGAUUUGGAAGUGGGAGAAUGGCUACAAUUCCACUUUCCCUGAGACGCUGCCAGCUAACGUGCAUCUCGUCCGGUGGCUGCCGCAGCAGGACCUUCUUGGUCACCCAAAGGUUGUGGCUUUGGUAUCCCACGGUGGCUUGUUGUCCAUGUUUGAAGCAGCUUACCACGCCAAGCCCACGAUCAUGCUGCCCGUAUUCUGCGAUCACGACGCCAAUGCCGCCAAAGCCGCGGCUGAUGGAUACGCCAUUAAGUUAGAAUUGCGAGGACUAACCGCCUACCGCCUUGUUGCAGCCAUAAACAGAGCCAUCAAAGACCCCACUUUCAGGCAUAAAGCUGAGCUCCAUUCACGCUAUUUGCUCGACCAGCCAAUAAGCCCUCUGGAAAGCGCCGUUUUCUGGACCGAGUACAUUCUUCGACACCGGGGUGCUCCGCGCCAUUUACAAGGUGCAGCACUGCGCGACCUAAGCUUCAUUGAGUGGCUAUAUUUGGAUAUCCUGGCCCUGCUGCUGGUUGCCUUUUAUUGCGUCAGGCGGACCGCAACGCUGAUCAGCAAGUGCGCCACCCGCAUCAACUGCACGACAAAAAAAUUGAAACAGCACUAGUUAUGUACAUAACGUGCAUUCUUUCAAACUCUCCUCAAAGAACUAUCAUAUCAAGAGAGAAGUACCUGUUUUGUGAAUACGAUUUGUUUGUUCACUACAAUGAUUUUUCUAUUAAUAUAUAUUGUGUAAAUAUUAAAUCAAUUAAUUUAUCAGAAUAAACUUUUAACAUACAUUUUUAAUUUUUGGUAAUUUAACUUUUGUAAUUCCUUGAAAUAAAUCACAUUCAACAAAAAUCGUGAGCUCCAAUUAAUGGCAGCACAUUUAUCGGGUGUUUAGCGAAAAAGAUAGGUGUUACAAAAUUCAAGCUUGUAUUAGAAGGAAAUCAAACUUGUAAGCAAUGAGAUGAAGGACUCUCAUCAGUAUGACAAAACCAUUAUGCUACCAUAAUUAUUGUGUUAUACCGA